UGGGACAUUGAGUCAGGGAGGCAGCAGCCGGCUGACUCAACCUUCAGCCCCGGAUCGAGCCGUGCAGCCCUCCCCGCAGCCUGUGGACGCUCCCCCGGGUCAUGGACAUCGGCGGACAGCCUGUGACGGUUUAGCCGGACGAGUUGACUCUGGGACAAUCAUGGAGCCGGAUGUGAUCCGCAUGUACUCGUCCUCGCCGCCGCCCAUGGAGGAUGGCGCCGAGGAAGAGGACGAUGAGUUUGGAGACUUUGGCACAUUCUCUGCCGUUCCCAACAGCAUCAGCUUCACAGAGUUUGACACGCCGACUACGUUUAACCAGACUCAGGCUCUGACCGCCACUUCGCCACCGGAGCUCCUCAACAACAGAGGCGUUGCGGCGUUGGGCCACGGCACUUCCAACGGCACACACAUCCACAGGAAUGAGUUGUCCAAGGCUAACGGCGUGACGCCGGCUAAUCGGCCGGACAGCACGGUCUCAGAAAGGACUGAAAUUAAAAAGGUCCAUUCGGGCUCUCCGGACCGACCGGAAAAUAACUCGUGCAGCAUUGAAACUGCUGACUGCAACGGCGGAGGCCCGGAGCUUAUUACAAACGGGUUCAUGACCUCGGACGUCCAGGGAAGUCCCUCCUCACAGAGUUCUGUCCACUGUCACAUCACAGAAAGCUCCGUGCAGGAGUCGGUGGACGUUUCUGUUGACAGCCCGGAGGAGAAGUUCGCAGACUUUGCGGUUUUUCCAGGCACUGAGGUGUGUCUCAGUCGGACGGAGGAGGAGGACUCAGGGGGCAGCUGGGAGCCGGCGGUCGAACCCUCCGAGGAGCAGCAGGCAGCCUCAGAGGACUCUGUCACAGACACAAACAGAACAGGAGCUGAUGUGUCCUUGUCUGGUCCUGACGACACCCCAAACGGCUCCUGCAACACGGACCGAGGCCCGGGUGCCGACACAGCGCCUGCUCAGGAGCACAUGGACAGAUGUUUCUCUCAGGACGGGACGGAGGAGCUCAAAGACCAGCGUGACCUGUCACCCGCUGACAGUGAGGCGGCUCGAUCGGACGACAAGGGCUCUGAGAAUGAAACGGAAACCGAGACGGAGACGGAGACGUCGUUUGGACGUCCGUUGUCCACCGAUGCACUGGAGGAGUUUGGCGAUAUGAGCACCACGGCCUCUGCACCCUCCCCGCCGCCGCUGGGCGACACGACCACUCCUGCCGACGAUAGCCAGCUGGCAGAAGAUGAUGAGGACUUCGGGGACUUUGGAGAUGCUGGAUCAUUCGGCGGUCAGGACUUUGCAGACUUUGAACAGCAGGAAGAGCAGAGCACGAGGAAGAGCUCUGCCCCCGCGGAGCAAGAUGUCAGCACUGAGCAGGAAGACGAUUUCGGUGACUUCAACUCCCCCAAAUACCACAGUGGGGUCGACGAGAAGGAGGGCGAAGGAAAGUUCGCCAGCUUCCCUCCCAGCGACAGCUUUGGCAAUUUCAGCGUGGCCGAGGGGAGCGAGGGCGUCGGCGGGUGGAGCGCCUUCGAAGGGCAGCAGGAGGAGGAAGGGGAGUCGUGGGCCGCGUUCAGCACAGAGCCGAGCGUGGCUCCUCCCGCAGACGAUGCACAGGAGGAGCUGAAGGAGGAGGAGGAGGACGCCGAGGUUCCCGUACGCAGUGAUGAAGGGAGGCGGACAGAUGGGGCGAUGGUGUCGCUCUCUGGCCGGUUGGAGAAGUUGUUUCAAAACAGCUUCCCUCAGAGUGAAGAGCUCUCGGCACAGGAGGAGGUGGUGACCCUGAAGACCCUGCUGGAGGCUCCAGCAGGAGCCCAGGACGCACACCCGGAGGAGCGCAGCUCGCCAUGCAACAGGUCGCAGCGUGGUGGCGUGUGGACGCAGCUUCAGGACAUCCAUGAGGCGCUGGGCCUCAGAUAUCAGUGGGGCGGCUCGCACUGCAACAAGUCGCUGCUCUGCUGCCUCGGCAUCGACACCAGGAACAUCCUUUUCACGGGACAGAAGAAGCAGCCCGUCAUCGUGCCCAUGUAUGCUGCAGGCCUGGGGAUGUUGGAGCCCACCAAAGAGCCCGUGAAGCCUGUUUCUGCAGCAGAGAUGAUUGCCUCCAUCGGCCAGGCUCCUCCUGCUGCUGCUGCUCCUGCUGCUCCUCCUGCAGACAGCAGCUCCUCCCACUCCGACCCCACCCAGCAGGAGGCGCUCCCACCCAUCCAGUUUGACUGGAGCAGCAGUGGCCUUACUAACCCCCUGGACGCCAGUGGAGGUUCGUCUCUGUUAAAUCUGGAUUUCUUUGGUCCUGUGGAGGAUUCAGCCUGUGGAAGCUCCGCCUCCAUCCCAGGCGUGGACCCAGAGCUCUUUGAACUGACCACAGCUAAGCUGGACGCCGGUGGUUCGGGCAGCAGGGUGGCCGACGCCUUUGCCCGCCUCAUGUCCACCAUGGAGAAGACCAGCACGUCCACCAGGAGGCCCAGGAGAGAGGAGAACCUGAGCGAGGAGGCGCUGGAAGUCAUUGCGGUGUUACCUGAUCUCACCUUCAUGCAGGCCAAAGUUCUUAUGUUUCCCGCCACUCUGACGCCACUCGGCUGCCAGGCCACGCCCUCACAGCUACUGGCUCCGCCCACCUCAUCCAACUGACCCCUCCCACUUGUAAUCACGCCGUCUUUUUUUUUUUCUCUGUUAGUCUGUUGAUUUACCUCAUUUUUCUCUUCUUUUCUAAUUUCUCAAAAUAAAGUGAAGCAUUUAUCAGAGAAGGAGGAGGAGAAGGACAGACGAUGAACGGUUAAGGGAGUCAUUGUGUACAUAAUCAGGGAUCAUUUUCCUUCUGUUGUUUUAGCGCGAUUGGAUGCUUAUUGUGGUGGGGCGGUGCGAGGAAGUCAACGGAGUGCAGACUUUCAGAAUAAAUCUAUUUAAAGCUCUAUUUAUGGACUGAAGCCACACUGCCUGCAGAGUCCAGCUCAAUGUUUCCUGUGUGACAUAGAGUCAGAGCACACAGACGACGAACAGCAGCUCCACUGUUAGCUUUAGCUGGUAGCUUCAGUUUAACCAGACGUCCCUGAACGCAGCACGUCUCCGCUGUGUGUGUAGUUGCCCCGACUGUCCGCAGGAGGGCGUCUGUCUGAGCGCGAGCUCUGAAGGAAUCAAGGGACCAACUUAUUCAUGUCUGUGUAUGUGUGUGUGUGCGUGAGUGCGUGUGUGUGUGAGUGUGUGAGUGUGUGUGUGUGUGUGUGUGUGUGUGUGUGUGGCUUCAGACUGUGUACAGUUAAACUGGGCUGUCAAUGCUGGGGAAUUCCUAUGGAAAAACGCUGAGUCACUAUAAGAGCCUGUCAAAGGGUGAGCGCGCAUGUUUGGAUUCAUGUAAAUUUUACUUUUAGUCGACACAAAAAAUUAAAGUAAUUUAAGAGA